AUGAAACUUUUGAGCGCUUGUCUGUGGCCUUCUUCCUCGGGCAAGUCCUCCGAUUCAACAGGAAAACAAGAUGGACUUCUCUGGUACAAGGACUCCGGUCAACACCUCGGCGGUGAAUUCUCCAUGGCGGUUGUGCAGGCCAACAAUCUCCUCGAGGAUCAGAGCCAAGUCGAGUCUGGCCCUUUGAGCACACUUGAUUCUGGUCCUUAUGGAACUUUCAUCGGAGUCUAUGAUGGUCACGGCGGGCCUGAGACCUCACGCUUCGUCAACGAUCACCUCUUUCAGCAUCUAAAGAGAUUCGCAGCAGAGAACGCUUCUAUGUCGAUGGAUGUGAUUAGAAAAGCAUAUGCGGCGACUGAAGAAGGGUUUCUAGCGGUUGUGACAAAGCAGUGGCCGGUUAAGCCGCUGAUUGCAGCGGUUGGGUCUUGCUGCCUGGUGGGUGUUAUAUGCGAAGGGAUGCUCUACAUAGCUAAUGUUGGUGACUCCCGUGCGGUCCUUGGAAGGGCUAUGAAGGCGACUGGGGAGGUUAUUGCGCUGCAGCUCUCAGCGGAACAUAAUGUGAGCAUUGAGUCUGUUAGGCAGGAAAUGCACUCCUUGCACCCUGAUGACUCGCAUAUCGUCAUGUUGAAGCAUAAUGUGUGGCGUGUCAAGGGCCUUAUUCAGGUAUCUAGAUCCAUAGGCGACAUGUAUCUAAAGAAAGCAGAGUUCAACAAGGAACCAUUGUACACAAAGUACAGACUCCGCGAGCCGAUCAAAAGACCGAUCUUGAGUGGGGAACCGACAAUAACAGAGCAUGAGCUACAACCUCAAGAUCAGUUUCUGAUAUUUGCUUCUGACGGACUAUGGGAGCAGCUGAGCAACCAAGAAGCUGUUGACAUCGUUCAGAACCACCCUCGAAACGGGAUUGCACGGAGACUGGUGAAGAUGGCAUUGCAAGCGGCGGCAAAGAAAAGAGAGAUGAGGUACUCUGAUCUGAAGAAGAUAGAGAGAGGAGUGAGGAGGCAUUUCCACGAUGAUAUAACAGUGGUCGUCAUCUUCCUUGAUACCAAUGUAGUGAGCUCUGCCAAAGGACCUUCUCUUUCUAUCAGAGGCGGUGGUAUGACUUUCCCCAAGAAACUCUAA